AUGGAGUUGGGGAAAGGGAAAGACCAGCCACUACCUCUUUUCUACGAGAUUGUCCGAUAUUUCUUUUUUGAAUAUAAAAUGAUUUUGUUCCGUCCCCCACCAAGAGGUUCAGGUGCUGAAAGGGAUGCCCGAGUCAGGGAUGCCGAAGGAAGGGUAUCGUAUCGGGGAGAAAAGGAGCCUUUCUUUAGGCCACUCCAUUCCCAGCUGAUAGCAAAGCCAUCAAUGUUGAACAAAGCCCAACCUUAUGGAGCAAGGAAGAAGGAGGGAAAACGAUUACUGCCAAGCGGUCACCUACUAAGACCAAACAGUCCUACCUUAGCGUACCGGACUACUUCAAUGCAUGAGGUAGGGGGUCGGGAAGAGAUCCAAUUCGGCCUGGUUCACCGGCAUAUGAGAUAA